AUGGCUCCCACCAACGAGGCCGCCCAGGCCAAGAUCGAGGAGCUGCAGCAGCAGAUUGAGCACCUCCAACAACAGGCCCAAGGCUCGACAACGAGCAGCUUUGAUGUCUACAGCACCAGUCUGACAUCCCGCUACUGCAGCAAGGAGCUUACGUUUCUCUUCAGCCAGAGGUCCAGGCACUCCACCUGGCGUAAGCUCUGGCUGGGUCUUGCCGAGGCCGAGUUGGAGUUGGGCGUCACGAGCAUCACCCCAGAGGCCCUGAAGCAGAUGCGCGAGGCCCUCACCGUGACCGACAAGGACUUUGAGGCGGCCAAGGUCGAGGAGAAGAUCAGGCGUCAUGAUGUCAUGGCUCACGUCCACGCCUUUGGCCUGGUUGCUCCAGCUGCCGCGGGCAUCAUCCAUCUGGGCGCCACCUCGUGCUUUGUCACGGACAACGCCGAGCUCAUUCUCAUGCGUGAUGCUCUCGACAUCUUGAUCAACAAGAUGGCCAAGGUCAUCUCCAACCUCCAGGCUUUCUCUCUCCAGUGGAAAUCGGAGCCGACACUGGCCUACACUCAUCUCCAGAGCGCCCAGCCCAUCACCGUUGGACGUCGUUCUGCGCAAUGGGUCCAGGACCUGGUCAUGGAUCUCGAAGCUCUCGAGGCCGUUCGCAAGGGCUUGCGGUUCCGUGGCGCCCAGGGGACAACCGGAACCCAGGCUUCUUUCUUGGAGAUCUUCGAGGGGGACCACGAGAAAUGCCUCGCGCUCAAUGAGAAGCUCUGUCAACGCUUUGGAUUCCCCAGCUGCUACGACAUUUCGACGCAGACCUAUACUCGCAAGGUUGACACCAUUGUCGCCAAUGCCGUUGCCGGUAUCGGGGCAUCAGCCUCCAAGAUUGCGGGCGAUUUGAGGCAUCUUGCCUCCUGGAAGGAAAUCGACGAACCUUCCGAAAAGUCACAGAUUGGCUCCAGUGCCAUGGCUUACAAGAAGAACCCGAUGCGCUGUGAGCGCGUCUCCUCGCUCUCUCGCGUCCUCAUGUCCAAGACGGUCACAUUCAACCAGACCCACGCCACCCAUGCCUGCCGCCGCAUUGACAUUCCCGAGAUGUUCCUCUUGGCAGAAGCCAUUUUGAUCGGCCUAGACAACGUUUCAGCGGGCUUGGUGGUGUACCCGGGUAGCAUCAGGGCCCACUACAUGUCCGAGCUACCCUUCAUGCUGACCGAGGCGAUUAUCAUGAAGCUGGUUGCCAAGGGCGCCUCCCGUCAAGAAGCGCACGAGCACAUUCGCGUCCUCUCGCAGGAAGCGGCCAAGGUGGUCAAGGUUGAGGGCAAGCCCAACGACCUGAUUGAGCGCAUCCGCAACAGCGAGUACUUCAAGCCCAUCUGGGGCGAGCUCGACGAAAUGAUGAAGCCGGAGCUGUACAUUGGCCGCAGCGUGCAGAUUGUCGACAAGUACUGCGGUGCCACCGGCCCUGUGGAGAAGGCCCUCGCGCCAUACCAGGAGUACAUCUCCGGCUCUGCUACUGCCGAGCUCAACGUUUAG